GUUGACUCCAAUGGACAAUUCCUCCUUCCAUUCGUCCCCAUCUCCAGGAUUAGGGUUGUAUCUACCGCGCCAAAGAAUGAUUCACUUCUUUCGCGACAUCAACCGUUGGAUCGCGCAAUAGCCGCGACACGAUUUGCAGAAGACCGCAUUAGAAUGCUUUGAGAUAUGUGCAAGUGGAGCUCAAUCAAUCUUCCGAACGAAAGAUACAACCCGAACGCCAUCUCCACCCCUCAAUUCCUCUCUUCCAUGCCUCGCGAGAUUUUUUGGUUGCAUCCCCGCGGUCUCACAGCGCUCCUUCCUCUCUCCGUCUCUCCCCACUCCACGAAUCGCCCACCACCCGUUCGACGAAAACCCGAGCCCCGAUGAUCUUGGAUCCUUGGUCGGCAAUCGCAGCAAAGUAAGCUAAUGGCGACUCUCAGAGAGGCUCCAGUGACAGAAUUUUUGCAGUUGAAGGGUUUGGAUAGACGGAGUCAUGUAUUGCGUAGAUUUUCCCAUCUACAGAGGCGCAAUGUGCAUCAAAAUAACUUUGGCUGCAGAAGCCUGAUAUCUUCAUAUCAUGGGGGUCCAGCAAGAGGUGCAUCACUUUUUCUAAAGCCUAGAGCUGCAGUUUCAAGUGAUUUACACAGUUCAGUGAGUGAAAAAUCUGAGGAACUGAAACAGCCAGAUGAGAUUAUUCACUUCUAUCGGUGUCCAGUGAUUCAAGAGAGUGCAGCUGCAGAGCUUCUUAGGCAGAUUCAGCUGAAGAUUUCUAGUCAGAUUAUUGAUAUAAAGACUGAGCAGUGUUUUAACAUUGGGGUGAAUGCUGUGUUAUCAAGUGAAAAGCUCAGCAUUCUCAGAUGGCUUCUGCAAGAGACCUAUGAACCUGAGAAUUUGAACACAGAGAGUUUUUUAGAUAAGGAGACCUUACAAGGGACAUCAGCUGUGUUAGUUGAGGUGGGUCCGCGCCUAUCCUUUACAACAGCUUGGUCAGCUAAUGUUGUAUCAAUUUGCCAAGCAUGCACGUUGACUGAAGUAUCCCGCAUGGAGAGGUCAAGACGAUAUCUGCUGUAUCUAAAGCCUGGGACUAAACCAUUAGAGGAGAGACAAAUUAAUGAGUUUGCAUCUAUGGUUCAUGAUAGGAUGACGGAAUGUAUUUAUCCUCACAUGCUUACUUCAUUUCAGUCAACUGUUGUACCAGAGGCUGUUAGCUCAGUCCCAGUUAUUGAGAGAGGCAGGGAAGCAUUAGAAGAGAUAAAUAUAAAAAUGGGUCUUGCAUUUGAUGACCAUGACAUUCAGUAUUAUACAAGUCUCUUUAGGGAUGAUAUUAAACGUGACCCAACAACUGUUGAACUCUUCGAUAUUGCACAGUCAAACAGUGAACACAGCAGACACUGGUUUUUUAAUGGAAAACUUGUGAUUGAUGGACAGCCAAUGAGUAGAACGUUGAUGCAGAUUGUGAAGAGUACUUUAAAGGCGAAUCCUAAUAAUUCUGUUAUUGGCUUCAAAGACAACUCGAGCGCAAUUAAAGGGUUUACAGUGAACUUUUUACGACCGCUGUCGCCUGGUUCUAUGUCACCUUUAUGUAGAUUCAAGUCUGACCUUGAUAUCUUAUUUACAGCAGAGACACAUAAUUUUCCAUGCGCUGUGGCUCCUUAUCCUGGUGCAGAAACAGGUGCGGGGGGUCGCAUAAGGGACACACAUGCAACAGGAAAGGGGUCUUUUGUUGUUGCUUCCACAGCAGGUUACUGUGUGGGUAAUCUUCUCAUGGAAGGGUCAUAUGCACCUUGGGAAGAUCCAUCUUUUGUGUAUCCAUCGAACCUAUCUCCUCCUUUGCAGAUUCUAAUUGGUGCAAGUGAUGGGGCAUCAGACUAUGGGAACAAGUUUGGAGAACCUCUGAUUCAGGGUUUUACAAGAACAUUUGGAAUGAGACUAUCAAAUGGAGAAAGGCGUGAAUGGGUGAAGCCAAUAAUGUUCAGUGGUGGCAUUGGGCAGAUUGAUCAUGUUCAUAUAGCUAAAGGAGAGCCAGAGGUAGGAAUGCUAGUCGUGAAAAUUGGAGGUCCAGCAUAUCGAAUCGGAAUGGGUGGUGGUGCUGCUUCGAGUAUGGUUAGUGGACAGAAUGAUGCCGAUUUAGAUUUUAAUGCUGUCCAAAGAGGAGAUGCAGAGAUGGCACAGAAGCUUUACCGCGUUGUCCGAGCUUGUGCUGAAAUGGGGGAAAGCAAUCCUAUCAUAAGCAUUCAUGAUCAGGGUGCUGGGGGAAACUGCAAUGUUGUUAAGGAGAUCAUCUAUCCACAGGGAGCUGAGAUUGAUAUCCGUGCUAUAGUAGUUGGUGAUCAUACCAUGUCAGUUCUAGAGAUAUGGGGUGCUGAGUAUCAGGAGCAGGAUGCUCUAUUGCUGAGGCCAGAAAGUCGAAGUUUGCUGCAAUCCAUAUGUGAUAGGGAAAGGGUGUCUAUGGCAGUGAUUGGUACCAUUAAUGGCAAGGGACGAGUUGUAUUGAAAGACAGCUUGGCUAUUGAGCAUUGUCAGUCAAGCGGACUCCCUGAUCCUCCUCCUGUUGUGGAUCUUGAGCUUGAAAAAGUGCUGGGAGACAUGCCUCAGAAAUGCUUUGAGUUCAUGCGGAUGCCUCAGAUGAAUGAGCCACUUGAUAUUGCUCCUGGGACCACUUUAAUAGAAUGUUUAAAGAGAGUUUUGAGGCUUCCUUCAGUUUGUUCAAAACGCUUUUUGACAACAAAAGUUGAUAGGUGUGUUACAGGUCUUGUGUCACAGCAGCAGACAGUUGGGCCCUUGCAACUUCCCCUUUCUGAUGUAGCUGUUAUUGCACAGUCAUACACAGAUCUGACAGGUGGUGCUUGUGCUAUAGGGGAGCAGCCAGUCAAAGGUCUACUGAACCCAAAGUCAAUGGCACGAAUGGCUGUCGGAGAAGCCUUGACAAAUCUUGUGUGGGCUAAAGUUACAUCUCUCAGUGAUGUUAAAGCAAGUGGUAACUGGAUGUAUGCUGCCAAGCUUGAUGGAGAAGGAGCAGCUAUGUAUGAUGCUGCUAUAGCACUUUCAGAGUCCAUGAUUGAGUUGGGUAUAGCUAUAGAUGGGGGAAAAGACAGUCUUUCCAUGGCAGCUUAUGCUGGUGGUGAGGUUGUCAAGGCUCCUGGAAAUCUGGUCAUCAGUGCCUAUGUUACCUGUCCAGAUAUAACGUUGACAGUGACUCCAGAUCUAAAGCUGGGAGAUAAUGGUGUUUUGUUGCAUAUUGAUCUAGCAAAUGGAAAACGGCGCCUAGGUGGUUCUGCUCUUUUGCAGGCAUUUGACCAAAUUGGUGAUGAGUGCCCUGAUGUUGAUGAUGUUCCCUACCUGAAGAAGGGUUUUGAGGCUGUUCAGGAACUGCUUGGCCAACGAUUGAUUUCUGCUGGUCAUGACAUCAGUGAUGGUGGGAUUCUUGUCUGUAUUCUUGAAAUGGCUUUUGCUGGGAAUUGUGGUGUGCAGUUGAACCUGACCUCGAGAGGCGAGAGCCUUCUCCAUUUACUAUUUGCAGAAGAGCUUGGAUUUAUCAUCGAGGUCAGUAUGCAGAAUGUAGAUGUGGUCAGGCAAAAGCUUGAAGCAGCUGGAGUGUUUGCUGAGCUUAUUGGAAAAGUUACUACUACACCAAUGAUAAAGUUAUCAGUUGACGGAACAUCACAGCUGACGGAAGAAAUGCCUUAUCUUAGGGACUUAUGGGAGGACACUAGCUUUCAGCUUGAGGGGCUUCAAAGACUGGCUUCUUGUGUAAAAUUUGAGAAAGAAGGCCUAAAGCAUAGACACAAACCUUCUUGGGCAUUAUCUUUUACUCCCAAAUUUACAGAUGAUAAAUUCAUGAAUGCGAAAUUGAAGCCAAAAGUAGCCAUUAUUCGUGAGGAAGGAAGCAAUGGUGACAGGGAAAUGUCUGCAGCAUUUUAUGCUGCAGGAUUUGAACCCUGGGAUAUAACAAUGUCUGACCUAUUGAAUGGGGUCGUUUCCUUGGAUGAGUUUCAUGGGAUAGCUUUUGUUGGAGGUUUCAGCUACGCUGAUGUUCUUGAUUCUGCGAAAGGUUGGUCCGCAUCCAUAAGGUUCAACCAGCCUCUUCUUCGACAAUUUCAAGCUUUCUAUAAUCGAAAAGACACUUUCAGCCUUGGUGUUUGCAAUGGGUGUCAGCUCAUGGCUCUGCUUGGAUGGGUACCAGGGGCUGAUGUUGGAGGUGCCCUUGGAUCAGGUGGAGAUAUAUCACAGCCCAGGUUUAUUCACAAUGAAUCUGGCCGCUUUGAAUGCCGUUUUACAGGUGUAACAAUAGGGAACUCUCCAGCCAUAAUGUUUAAGGGCAUGGAGGGCAGCACAUUAGGUGUUUGGGCUGCUCAUGGUGAGGGGAGAGCAUACUUCCCAGAUGAUGAUGUUUAUGAUCGAGUUCUUAAAUCUAAUCUGGCCCCUUUACGGUAUUGUGAUGAUGCUGGUAUGGAAACAGAGGUUUAUCCCUUCAAUCCAAAUGGUUCUCCCCUAGGCAUUGCAGCCCUUUGUUCUCCUGAUGGAAGGCACCUUGCUAUGAUGCCGCACCCUGAACGCUGCUUCAUGAUGUGGCAAUUCCCAUGGUAUCCGAUGGAAUGGGAAAUCGACAAGAAGGGCCCAAGUCCGUGGUUAAAAAUGUUUCAGAAUGCUCGUGAAUGGUGUGACUGAAACAGGUUGGCAUUCUCGGCAUACAAUGUAGCUAUGCUCUCCUAUACCUGAAAAGUCGAGGGAAUAUCCUGUUGCUUUUGCCUUUUUUCCUCUAUUAUCUUGCAAACCAGCAUAUAUUUUUUAAUCCUUUGUUUACAGAUUUUCUGGAAAAUAAAAUAAGAUGGGCUGGUCUAAGACUGAACUCAGUUUUUCCCCCCUAGUUUCCCUGAAAGUAAUUCUUCUUGUGGGUUAAAAUUGUGUGACUGAAGCAUAUGAGUGUACAGAAACAUGGUUGAAGUUUCAAGAUCAUAUGAAAUUAUUUAUAUCUACAGGCGGCUCAAA